GCUACCUUUCAGCACGCGGGUGAGGUGAACUGUUACAUUGUGUGUGAUUCACCUGGAAUAGGUAUUCGCUUGUUGAGCUUCUUCCAUCAACUACUGGAGAAUAUUACUUUAAAAAACACUUUACGUACAAGUCACAAAAUUGGGAAUUACGUACGUGUGUUUUAUAAAGAUUAGUGAUUAAAAUCUCGUAACUUCCGCACUGGAUACAAUAUGCCACGAAGAAAAAGUUGGAGAGUUAUCUUCGGAUUCUUAUGCGCUAUCAACCUAAUUCCGAGUGUUCUCAUUUUCAACCAACACAAAGAGAUUUUCUAUAAGAAUGUCAAUUGUCGUUACCAAGAUGUCGGCAACUGUGGUUGGCCCUACGACUGCCACUACUUAUGUCACGAGUUCAAAGGUCAAAUUGGGAACCAGCUCUUCCAGUACGCCUCCAUAUAUGGACUGACCCGCGACAGGGGUUUAAGGAUGGUACUUCCGAAAGACAUGAUGUUGGCGAGAUUUUUGAAAAUCGAAGCCGAUUUGACAGUCGACACGUGCGUGUGUAAAUACGCUAAGUACGUCCAAGAAGGUCCGUGCUGCACCGUGGACGCCAACAUCACCGCCAUUGGCAGCCACACUGACUACUACGUGAAUGGAUUUCUGCAGUCUUGGAAGUAUUUUUACCAUUACGAACAGGAGAUCAGAAACCAGUUCCAGUUUGUCGAUCCCGUUUUGUUCGAGGCCGAUUUUGUUCUGAGAUCCGCACUCAAUGAGAAGUUUGUGCUGCACAACCGGAAGUACAUGACUCUCGUGGGAGUUCACGUGAGGCGAGGCGACAUGCUGAUACCGGAAUCGGUUAAGUUUGGAUACAAAGUUGCACCACCGUCGUAUGUAGCAAAGGCUAUGGAUUAUUUCAGAAGGAAAUACAAAAACGUCACAUUUAUAAUUUGUUCUGACGAAUUUAAAUGGACGAAGAGUAUAAUCGACAUCCGCCAUAAUGACGUCAUUUUCAUGGAAGGUAACUCUGCGGUAGUCGACUUGGCGCUGUUGUCGACGUUGGAUCAUACCAUUAUGACUAUUGGGACGUAUGGGUGGUGGGCAGGAUUCCUAUGCAAUGGUGAGACGGUCUAUUAUAAAAAUUUCACAAAGCCUGGAACUUUGCAUAGCAAAGGUUUUGACAAAGAGCACAAAGAUUUUGUUUAUCCAACGUGGACAGGGUUGUGAUUUUGCAACAUCCACAAACGCGUUCUGUGAUAGUAAGCCAACAUCUAUUUGUUCGGGUUUUUUUUUUUACUAUAUGUUGUAUCGUGUUAUCGUAUAUAUCUGUGUUUUCCACUUUUCCGCCAAACAAGCAAUAAUCUACAUCAUAUAAUUUUAACAGGGCUUGGUCUUUCGCUGUAAUGUUUUGGUUUCCGUUCCCUUUCAAGCUACUAGAUUUCGAGUGCUUGCCAUUCGAGAGCUAAAGAUACAGUUGGACGGUUAUAAUCGCCAUCUGGCGUCAGAGACAAUUGUAUUACAAAAACGCGGGGUUUUUGUUUGCCUACCAUCACAAAGAUCCUAUAUUUGACGUUAAAUACCUUUGCAUGGAUAUUGUACUUAUUAAAUACACAUUCUAAAAAUGAAACCUGAACGCGCCAGCUGGAAUCUUUGCCCACUUGGUGCAUACCCUUUUCGAUUAGCGGCCAGAGAUCAUUCACAUGCAAUAUCUCAGACAUACCAUGAUACCACGGUUUUGUUAUACCAGUUGUAGAGCACUGGGUGGGUCGAGUAAUAGCCCAGUGGGCCCACAGACAGGGUUCGAUUCUAGAACGAUGGGCUUCGUCCUGCCCCUAUGAUGUUUGUUUUGUUUUUUUAAAGAGAAAAAAUUGGAAAACACUGAGAUAUAUAUAUACACACACAUAAAGUUUUUAAUUUGGCGUUUUUAAGAAUAUUUUACCUUCAUGAUUUUAAUUAAUUUGAAUGAAAGUUGAUUUUUAAAUAAUUUGAGUUGCUUGCGGCCAAUCGGCCAA